GGUACCAGCAGCAGCAGCAACAUCUCGCUCGGACUCGGCUUCACCUCUGUGUUCUCCUCGGAAAGUAUUCUCUACGAAGCGUUUUCCAUCCACGUCCUCGUACCAUGACCGAACAAUCAGCACUACUUCUUCGAAAACAACUGGCAGAGCUCAACAAGAACCCCGUGGAGGGCUUUUCAGCUGGUCUCAUAGACGAUGAUGACAUAUACAAAUGGGAGGUUGUGAUCAUUGGUCCACAAGAUACCCUUUUUGAAGGAGGCUUUUUCAAAGCAUACCUAACCUUCCCUUAUGAUUAUCCACUACGGCCUCCAAAGAUGAAGUUUAUCACUGAACUCUGGCACCCGAACGUUGCAAAGAAUGGGGAUGUUUGCAUCUCAAUCCUGCACGAGCCGGGCGAAGAUAAGUUUGGUUAUGAAAAGCCUGAGGAGCGUUGGCUUCCCAUCCACACCGUAGAGACAAUCAUGAUUAGUGUUAUCUCCAUGCUGGCGGACCCCAACAGCGAUUCACCAGCUAAUGUGGAUGCGGCGAAAGAGUGGAGGGAGGACCCCAACGGUGAAUUUAAGAGGAAGGUGGCUCGCUGUGUAAGAAAAAGUCAAGAGAUGGCGUUUGAUUAGGACUCAAUUGUAAAUUCCAGGUUAAAGGAUGCCUUCAGAGGGAAAAUUUCAGCAAAAGGCUUUUGCACCCCUUGUUUUGCCAGUCGAAGGAAUUGGUUGACCCCAACCACGUUACUUUGAGCGGUUGUCAUUUUCCGCAAGAUGAGCCAAUUUGAGAACCUUACCAGCAAAAUUAACCUGUUUCCUACCUGGAAUUGUAUAUUUAAUUUUAUUUAUUUUGAAAAAAAUUAAUGAUGUAAGAUAUGUCACUACUGUAAAUUAACUUGCUUUUUUAUCUGCUGCUGAACAGUUUCUACUUUAUACCAGGUUUCUUAUGCAAUUUAGUGGUCAAGAUUGUGUAAAACAAACAAAAGCCCGUUGUCAUUAGGUCGUCACUCGUCCUCCCGCUGCACUUGUUCCACCAGAUUAACGUCGGCCCCGCUAAUCUCCGUCAUUGGUGUUAUUUAUUUUCAACACUGUCAUUGAAUCACUAUUGCCUUUUGUUGGCUUCACCUCCUCACAGUUUGUUUGUUGAUCAGAGGGAUAGGUUGAGAUCUUAAAAAGGAACUUUUCUUUCUGAGAAACAGCCUCCUGUUAGUUUUUUGUUAUGUUGGUGAACGUCGGACUCUCAAGCCUGCAUGAUCCUCUUAAACAGCUGUUAUCUGUUAUUGCCAGCUGUGGAUGAACACAUGGAAUGGAUCUGAGUGAUACCGUUUUCGAACAUGAUGAUGUGCACUAACAGAAGGCUUCAGACAUCUUCUCCGUAUCAGACUUUUGCUCAAACUCAAUUUUAAGCGAUCAGUAAAAUCAUCAUUGAAUAUUCGUGAUUCUUUUCCUCAACACAUGGCCCUCAUCAUCAAUGAAGAUGUUUAUUAUUCCCCACUCAGUCUAAUGACUUCACAACGCUCCGAUCAAUCAUGGACAACCAAGACCAGUCUGUGAAAAUUACCUAAGCUGUGAUUAUUCCUCGUGUCCACUGGUUACCUGGCGACUGAGCUUUUCCCUUUUCGAAAGGAAAACUAAUUUAACAAGGGUUUUUGGGUUGUUCUUGGUAACAUGAAUUUAGAGGCUCCAUAGUAGAAUUAGGCUAGUUGUUCUUUCCUUCUUUGUUGUGGCACAUUUGGCUAUCGAUCGAUGUGUGGUUAAAUAUCGAUGUGCGAGUCACAUUCACUCGUGGGUUUAGACUCUAAGGAUUUGGGUAGAUUGCUGAGUAACUCAACAUCUUGAGUUCUGAUUGGUGCACACUUGAUGAUGAUGUUUUCACCUUAUACUUUAUCACUGAAUUUGGGAUGGGAUUCUUGAUAGAGACUUGAAAAAGAGAACUCGCCACUAAGUAAAGUGUAAGUUAGUGUCGUGAUGGGGAAUGAACACUUUAGGUAUUAUUUUUAAAGACUAUACACGGUAGGGUUCAGGUGGGAGUCUUGUUCACUUUCAUUGAUGGUGUUGCUGACUAUUAAGCCAUGAUGACAUCUAUGAAUUAUGAAAUCCAUAUUUAUAAUUAUGUGACUGACAUUGAAUAACAGCUAACCAUCUUUUGGCGCAUGCAAUCAGGUUUUGAAGGAGUUAGGUAUGUUUUGAAUAGUUUACCAUUGUUAGUACACUCUGGGUGUCAUGUGUACAGUUAGUAGAUUUCUGUAGACUUGAUGAUCACAUAACUGCUGUCGACAUUAACCUUUUUAAAUUUUCUAACCUACCAUGACCUCCUCUGACCGGUGUUCACUGUAUUUGCACAGAUUCGGUGCGUUUGAAAUGUCAUUAAGCAAUACGCUCUGAAAAUGGUGUGUCCAGGUUAAUCCACCCAUACGGCAUUCUAUUUGUUUUGGGUUUUUCUUUUUUCCAUUUUGUGUCAAUGCAAUGUAUAUUGGACAUGAUGCUCAAUAAAGUGUGUAAACAGA